AUGCAGUCAAUUCGCCAGCACCGCGUUCUGCGCAGGAAGCUCCAACAACAAUUUGUUACAAAGCAUGAGAAGCCCGACAAUGUCUGGACUCACGAGGGCCGCUACGAGUACCGCGGAGGAGAGAUCCACACAGAACCUGGCGAGCCGAAUGAUGACCCGGCUGCCGGACGAAGGAGGGAGCAUGGCCAUCGCACUUUUAUAUCUGGGCCAUCCCUCAAUCCUCGCCAUUCAGUCCGAUCACAUAUAGAGCGAGAAGGGGAUAUCGAGGGCUCGGAGUACGACCCGGUACUCUCAACCGAUCCCCAUACCAUCAAUACACAAGAGACGCUGGGAAAUACGCCUGAUAUUAUGGUGACUGGCGUUGAAAGACCCCGGCCGUGUGACAGUACGGGCAGUGAGACUGAUAUCGAGUCAUUGAAAAAGAACGAACUCAUUAUCGUCACAUUUGAAGGCGAGUGUGACAUAAUGGAUCCUCACAACUGGUCAUUUAAAUGUCGACUGUUUACGACUAUUCUCACUUCACUUACUGGAUGUGUGGUCUUCUGGUCAUCCACGAUCGAUUCCACUGCUCUCAUGACAACCAAGCAAUUGUAUCAUACUACCUUUGAGGUCGAGACUUUGCCUACUGCUAUGUUUCUGAUUGGUUGUGGACGAGUCGUCUGCCGCGGUCUAGCUGGACUCUUCGGGUCUGCCCCGGCGAUUGUAUCAGCAGCAUCCCUGGUGGAUGUCUGGUCACGCAUUGAACGAGUCUACACCUUCCCGAUCUUUGCGAUAUUCAUCUUCACGGGUCCAUUGGUGGCACCAACACCAGGAGCAUUCGCUGUCAGUUCUGACGCGGUAAGCUGGCGCUGGGUAGACUGGAUGACUAUAAUCUUCGCAGGAGUCCUCCUGAUCCCGGUUGUGCUCUUCUUGCCCGAGACAUACAGCCCGAUCCUGCUGUACUGGAAAGCAAAAGAGCUCCGCCGCCUGACAGGCGACGACCGUUACCGGUCUCCCAUAGAGUUCAGAAAAUCCACGUUCACCCAACGCAUGUCUACCUCGUUAUACCGGCCACUUCAGCUUCUUGCAACAGAACCAAUUAUCAUGAUCCACUCAAUCUACGUCGCCCUCCUCUUCAUGAUACUGUACACCUUCAUUGCGGGCUUUGUCUCCAUCUAUGAGAUGACAAGCGGCUUCAGCCCGGCCGCUACCGACGUCGCAUUCCUGGCCAUUGAGGUCGGGGUCCUUCUUUCUGUACUGGCAGUCCCCAUUUCAAUGUGGCUGGUCCGUAGAGACAUAUACCACAGCCGUGCGAAUGGCGAACAGCGCCCGGACCCCGAGAUUAGUCUGUACAUGGGCAUGUUCGGUGCGCCUGCUGUCCCAAUAUCGCUAUUCUGGAUGGGCUGGACGGCCAGACAUGGAGUCUCGUACUGGAGCCCGCUCGUCGCUUCGGGAUUCUUUGGAUUUGGGUCGUUGUGUAUCUUCGUCUCGGCGUACCAGUACGUCGCUGAUUCGUACGAGUCGUAUUCUGCAAGUGCGCUUGCCUCCCUUCAGAUGCUGAGGCUCGUCGCUGCUGGCGCUAUGGCUAUAGUCGCGGAGAUUAUGUAUAAGGAGCUUGGCAUUGAAUGGACGUUGACUCUCUGGGGUGGAGUUUCGUUGUUGUUUUUGCCUGUGCCUUACUUGCUCUACUGGAAGGGGUAUAAAAUCCGUGCACAGAGUCGCUAUGCGCGCAGAAGUGAACGGAGUUGA